ACAAGUGCUCCCUCUCAGUUCAAAAUGUUACAAUCUCUUCCGGUCUCUUUUGCCUUUCAACAUGGCUGACCAGUCGGAGAGGGCGUUUCAGAAGCAACCAACUGUGUUCCAGAACAACAAGCGGCUGUUAGCCAGCAACAAGAAGGCUAACAGGCUCGUCCGCAAUGUUGGUCUUGGAUUCAAGACUCCUGCUGAGGCUCGCGAUGGCCACUACAUCGACAAGAAGUGCCCUUUCACUGGCAACGUUCACAUCCGCGGGCGAAUCCUGACCGGUGUCAUCACCAAGAUGAAGAUGCAGAGGACAAUUGUCAUCAGGCGUGACUACCUCCACUACAUCAAGAAGUACAACCGAUUUGAGAAGAGGCACAAGACUAUGUCUGUCCAUCUCUCACCCUGCUUCAGGGACACCAAACCCGGAGACAUUGUGACCGUAGGUGAAUGUCGCCCUCUCAGCAAGACCCUCAGGUUCAAAGUGCUCAAAGUGACACAGGCUCCGCUAAGAAGCAGUUUGCCAAGUUCUAAAACUGUCUGGAGAUAAUUUAGAGGGAAUGUACAAAUAAAUUCACAUCGCAUCAA